UUCAGCUCGUCUCACUACUUCGACUCUACUGUCGUAUCCUUCCCCCCGUUGCGGCCCAAUUUACUUUUCCUGUGGAACUUAAGGGGAUCAGAAGAGGUUUGCAGAGCAUUCGUCGAGUGGUGGAGCGGUUACAGGCAGCCAGAGUCAUCAUGACCAUGUCCCAGGAUCGGAGUGCGUGUCUGGGGCUCUGGGUGCUCCUUUUGCUUGGUGCAGGCAUGGAGGAGGUUGUGGAGGGAUGUAGUUGCCACCCAGCACACCCACAGCAUCUAUUCUGCAGCGCUGAGAUCGUGAUAAGGGCAAAGAUCUCCGGAGAAAAGAUUGUGUCGCCUAGCAACAGCUCCUCACCCUACAUGAAGAUGAUCCAAUAUGAAAUCAAAAUGAUCAAGAUGUUCAAAGGUUUUGACAAGGCCAAGGACAUCCAGUACGUGUACACUCCAGUCUUCUCCUCACUGUGUGGAGUCAAACUGGACUCCAACAAUAAAGCAGGGUAUUUGCUCUCAGGAAGUAUGUGGAGUGAUGGGAGAAUUUCUAUUGGCCAGUGCGACCUCGUAGAGUCCUGGGACAACUUAUCACUGUCACAGAAGAAGAAUCUCAACUACAGAUACCAGAUGGGCUGUGAAUGCAGAAUCAACACCUGCUACACAGUCCCGUGUGCGUCUACAGGAGAAAACGAGUGUUUGUGGACCGACUGGUUGCUGGAUAACAGCCUAAAUGGGGAGCAGGCUCGGCAGUACGCCUGUAUCCGCCGUUCUGACACAACCUGUAGCUGGUACCGGGGGGGGCCGCCACCUGAGAAAGACUUCCUGGACAUGGCUGACCCUUGACUUAUAACUUAUUUUACUCCAUUUCACUUCUUCAAACUCCUGAGAAACAUGUCCUGCUUUGGCUUAUGUAGCUCAAAUGGUGCGCUCAUUAUGGCGCGCAGAGUAGCAACUGAUUUCAUUGAAAGAUUGGCUGAAUUUGACAGUUGAGGAAGUUUAACCCAAUGCAGAUCUUCUGUUAGCAGAGUUCUCUUGGUUGCUUCAGCAAUGCUAAAUCUUUAUAAACUGCAGUUGCUUUCAACAUUCCUCUGCCUCAUUUUCUUUCUCUCUCACACACAUUCCCCUUCACUUGCUCUUUCCCCCAGAAUAAGCAAAGCAGCAGACCAUCCACUCUAGAUUAUUCACCCCAGGGUGAAUUCUUUCCUUCAUUUCUGAUGACCGGAUGGUAAAUGCAUAACCUUGACAAAUACUGAAGACCUCAUAUGUCUUCAAGCAUUCGUCACAAAAGGUUAUGUAACCAUUUGGGUUAUACAUUUACUGAAAUUACAAGGAAGUUGGACAUUUACUGUCAACCAAUAUAAGAAAAUAGCAGAAAAGAGCUGCCAACUUCUGCCACAAAGCUGCGUUGCAAUGUCUACUUUACACACUGUAAACACAUCUGUGCUACAACAUCUGUACAGGCCGACUGCAGCGCUGCCACCUUUCCCCUACACUUUCUGGUGUUGAAUUCAUACCUUUAUAUAUAUAUAUAUAUAUAUAUAUAUACAGUACCUAGAGCAAAGCCACACCAGGCCUUCCCCAAUUAAUUAUAUUUUUGACCAAAUCUGACAUGCAUUAUAAAUGACCAUAAUUAUUGUACAUCUAAAUAAUCACAGUUUAUACUCUCAAAUUGCUGAGAAUGUAAAUAUUGUACUUGAGUGAGAAUUAACAUUUUAAAGGCUAACCGGAUUGUGUUUUGUAGUGUAGGAGUUGUUAUCGUUGUAUGUGUUUAGUUUCCAUGGUUGAACUCUGUAAUAUUUCCUGUGCCAAAAAUCUAAUCCAGCGCGUUAACAACAGCACUGCCACCUGUAGAAGCCAAGCCACCUCUUCUCUGAGGAAUGAAGUAACAGGACAAGAUUCAAUUCACUAUUUUUAACACUUUAAAAACAGGAAAUGGCUCCUCCUCAAUUUUCAAUUUCAAGAAAAGAUAGUAAAGACUCUGGCACAAGACGUUAACCAACAGAAUGAGAAAUAACAGAUAUUCAGGAAUGAUCUAUAUUGAUCUAUAGUGAUUUUAUUAUUGUUUUAUAGGCAUUAUUUAAUGACUCAACAUUUCUUAAAAGACCCAAAUCUGAAUUGACCCCUGUCUUGUUACUGGAUUACUUCACUGAAAUAAUACAGAUUAAAAUGCAUAAUGGCCCAAGUCACUAUUCAAAGAUUAUAUUAGGGUCACAUUCAACAAUAAAAUAUUCAAUAAAAAACUGAUGAAUAAUUUAAUUGAAAUAUAUUAUACACACAUAUGUUAAUUAAAUUUAGACUGUCAUGAUAUGAUAGACUAUGCAUAACAACUGUAUGGCUUUAGUGUAGCAUUAUCAAACAAUUUCAUGUUUGUUUUAUACUGAAAUAAUUGUUUGGGUUUGUAUUUAUGUCUCUAUUUCUGUCUAUAUAGAAUUUUCUAUUUCCAUGUACCAAAAAACAUUGUAUAUAAAAUGUCUCAAUGAAA